UAUUGGAAUAUGUUUCACGUAUUACAAUUUACCAACAUUGUUUCUUUUAUGUGGGAUUUACAAAGCACGAAUUUUCUCUACAAGUGACAAAAAAGCUUCGAAGACAAAAUGUUCGUUUCUUUACGAUGGGAUGCCGAUCCAUUUCAAUGCUAUUUCUAAUUAUAGUGCUGUGUUUAUCAUUUGUUGCGUGUUUCCCUUUAUCUGAAAAAGACCGAAACUGGCAAAAUCCACUCAGUGGGAAUACACAAGACAUUAUGGAUAUAAAAAACUUCGGACGGCAAAUUUUAGAUGGUGAUUACAUUUUGCAACAAAGCAAAAGUAUGGGUAAUACAAAACAAACUGCAGAAAUAAAACAGAAAAAUAUUGAGAAUUUGACAGAAAAUAUUAUGGAUUCUUAUAAAGAAGAAUCUAAUAGUUCGCAUCCUUUAAUACGACAUAAACGUUAUUCUAUGAGUUUUCAAUCAGUGCAUAGCAAAUUGACGCCUUAUUUAGAUCCGAGUUUUGAUCCAUUUUACAAUGCUCAUGUAAUGCCAUGUAGUUACCAGCUUCGACACUAUUGUCUCAAUAACGGAGUCUGUGCCGUGGUUCGGGCUCUAGAUAUAAUAACAUGCAGAUGUCCAGUUCAGUACACGGGUAAAAGAUGUGAAAUGAUAGAUACUGAUUAUUUAUUGGCCCUGUUUGGGAUUCAGUAAUAAACAGAUGAAGACAAAGAACCACGUAACAUGAUUCAUACAUCAUCUCCAGGAGUACGUCGACAUCUUAGCUUGAAAAACAUCAUACCAAAACGACCAAGGCAUAGAACACAGUCUGCAGAACGUGUCACCUCUGUUGACAGACAUGGAUGACAAGUCCGUCCUCUUACAUAUAUGAACUUCAAGCUGGUUUUUCAUAAAACUUAAGAAUAUUCAAGCUUUAAAAUGGCUGAAUAUCUCUUCUUAUAUCUAGGCACGCGGGUUACACGUGGACCAAUUUAGGCAACAUGGUUGAAAGAGUGCCAUCAUCACUUAGGGGGUAGUAAAUUUUCUUCCUCUAUUGAAAAAAAAAACCAUAUCAUUGAAUCAUGUGCAUCAUGUGGGUCUCAUUUUAUGAAUCGCAAUAUUUGUUUAAUCAUUUUAGGUCAUUUGACCAAAGACCAUUUCAGCCAUUAGUUGCCAUCUGUUGGUAUCAGUCUUCCUCUCGUCAACAUUUCAAAUUGUGUUCUCCCUUCUUUAAUUUUUUAGAACUACCGAACAAAAUAAAACACAACUUUGCAGAUACUUUGGAACCAAACUGCAAAUUGCUGUUAUUUUCACGAACAAAUGAAGUGAAAUAAAAAGUGACACUGUCAUGUAAAGGUAGUUUAUAAAUGCUGAUACUUUGGUUCUGAUAAAAUUUCCCGAGAAAACAAUUUGGUAGAAAUUUAUAAUGUCACUUCUAAAACCAGUUGACUGAAUUGAAACCAAACUUUCAAAACAUGUUCCCAUAAAAGAUCUUAUUAUUUGUUUGUUACAUACCGUUCUGAAAUUCAAAAUAACCAGCGGAGUUCAAAGUUACAUUGUAAUCUUAUGGAAAAUAACAGUGUUCAUAAGUUGGCACCGCAAAAUGGCACAAAUAGGAGUACAUGAAAAUUAAAUAUGUAGAAAUAAAACUUAGUCACUUUUAUAUAAAUCAAGGGCCUUCUAAGAGUCAAGGGCCCACAUAGGCAAAUUGCAGCGCAUGCAUUGUAUAAUAAGAUUUCUUAAGCCCUAUGUUGAGCAAUUCAGGAACCUUUAAUUUAAUAAAAACACACAAUUUAGAGGCAAUUAUUAUCCGUUAUUUGAUUAAAUUAAAAGCUUUUUAGGCGUACCUGCAAAACGUUUUAAUAUUCUGUAGUCAGAGUGUCAGUCAGCAGGUGUUUUGGCUUUGUGAAUAAUGUAACGUUUUGCACUCUUUGACUGGAAGACAAUAUUUACAACUUCCUGUUUAUUUUGUCGCAGUAAGACGAAGUUCGUGUUGUCUUUAAAUAAGAUUGAACUUGUAUCAAUCUUAAAAUCAUAAUGUUAUAUUUUUGUUUAGUGGAUAUUUUACAUAUGAAUACAACUAAUUGGUGUUAAGAUUGUAAAAGCUGUUGGGGACGAUUGUUGUUUUAAUGGAGAUACAUUUCUUCUAGAGAACUGCCUCUCUAUCAAGAGGAACGCUGUGAUAUAUUAUGUUGUUGCAAUGUUGUAUUUUUGUUCAUAACAAAUGCAAAUCAAACCUGUUGUAUUUUUAUUUUUUUAUCUUUUCAAAUUAUCAUAGUGUUAAUUGUGAUGUGAUUUUUUACAUUCAAAGAAAAAACAUUAUCAAUUUUUAAUUUCUUUUCUGUUUAUAAAUGGCUGAAUUGUUGAAAAUUUAACGAUAAAAAAGCUGGUGAGAUUAUCAGACUUACAUUUAUACUGUUAUUUACUGUUACUGUAUAGACUAUAGAUGUGUUAACCAAUGUUACUGUAUAGACUAUACAUGUGUUAACCAAUGUUACUGUAUAGACUAUACAUGUGUUAGCCAAUGUUACUGUAUAGACUAUACAUGUGUUAGCUAAUGUUACUGUAUAGACUAUACAUGUGUUAGCCAAUGUUACUGUAUAGACUAUACAUGUGUUAGCCAAUGUUACUGUAUAGACUAUACAUGUGUUAGCUAAUGUUACUGUAGAGACUAUACAUGUGUUAGCCAAUGUUACUGUAUAGACUAUACAUGUGUUAGCUAAUGUUACUGUAUAGACUAUACGUGUGUUAGCCAAUGUUACUGUAUAAACUAUACAUGUGUUCGCUAAUGUUACUGUAUAGACUAUACAUGUGUUAGCCAAUGUUACUGUAUAGACAAUACAUGUGUUAGCCAAUGUUACUGUAUAAACUAUACAUGUGUUAGCUAAUGUUACUGUAUAGACUAUACAUGUGUUAGCUAAUGUUACUGUAUAGACUUUACACGUGUUAGUCAAUGUUACUGUAUAGACUAUACAUGUGUUAGCUAAUGUUACUGUAUAGACUAUACAUGUGUUAGCCAAUGUUACUGUAUAGACUAUACAUGUGUUAGCCAAUGUUAGCGCAAAUGAUUUAUUUUAUGUAGAUUGUUAGAAAUUAUAGGUGUAUGAAGCGAAAGUGCUCAAGUGAAACUCAUGUGAAUCUGAAGUUACAUGAAUCAAACUAUCGUUUCACUUAGAUUUUUUUUAUGUCAACACUUUAGAUCAAAUUGACCCACCUUAAGAUAAAUUGUAAUUGACCUAGCAAAAGAUUGAUUGUACACAAAAGUUGUAUUCUGGCAAUGUUGAAACCGUUAUUGGUACAUAUUUGGAUGGCGAAGUUAGUUCACAUAAUGUUCAAUACAGUAAUUCUGCUAUUAUGAAGCUAGGAAAUGAAAUCAUUGAUCUAAAUUUCAUCUCUCAUUAUAGUUUACGGAAAGACAAAACAUGAAAAUAUUAAUUAAGACGACUUGAACCUGCUGUGGUGAACUUUGCAUAGGAGUUGAUGGACACUACAAAGCCUAUUUGUUAUUUUUUGAUUUAUGCAAAGACGAUUUAAAAAAAAGAAGCCGGGUAUAGAUCUAUGUCCGUGACUUCUUAAAGGCAUGUAAUAUUUUAAUUUGAUUAUUGGAAUAAUCAUCCACUAGGAAAGAUAUGAAAGCAUGCCGGACGGCGAUGAUUUUUGGCGUAGGCUCAGAAAAUUCAACAGAGAAAACAAAGUUAAAAAAUGAUUUCAUUCCAAGUUGAUUUCUAUAUAGAAUAAUAUCAAACUCUAGAGAAAAAAAACCUCAAACUCAUGUGUAAAAUCAAUUGUACUUCGGAGUAGACUUUUUAUUGGCUGAGUGUUGACACAGUGGGAUAUUUUUGAUCCUCUGGUUAUUUUUUAUAUACAGUUAUGUUUAAUUCAAUUUUACAUGGUCAUGUGCCAUCGCAUAAAUAUGCUUAAAGAGGCAUUUACAGCUGUAAGACUGGUUAUAUUUUUUAUUAUUGAAUCAGUAGACAGACAAGGUGGUCUUCGUUAUUGAAAAUUACCACUAUACCAUGAUAUAAAACAUAAUAGUUUAUACUGAGUGCUUGUCUUCAUGGAAAGCAAUAUUCAAAUCUUUAGUCACAUUUGUUUGUUAUAAGAAACUAAAUUUAAAAUGAUGAUUUAAACGCAAAGAUUAUAUAUAUGUUAACCUAUCUGAUAAUCAAAUUAAUUUAUUGUACACUAAUAGUGAUCAAAAAGAUGUAUUACAUGUGUAUACAACAGAUUUUCUGUUAAAACGAAUAAUUUGCGCCCACUUGCAACCAAUUAUUGUUAAUGAAGAGAUCGUUAGUGGACGGAACUGGAUUACUUAGCUUAGAUCAACUAGUUAUCAUACACCGGAUUAACCAGUUAGCUCGUUGUCUAAUUGCUUUACACUACAUAAGCUGUUUAUCUCUUUAAAUAAUUAAUUUAUUUUUCACAUGUUUUUGAAGAUUUUGUUGAAACUCGACUUGGUAUCAUGUUAGUUGUUAACUUAUUUAAAUUCAGGAAUCCUACAUGAUAAAAAAAAACAAAAAAAACAUAAAUGUGUUUUACAUUAACUUUCUUUUUACUUCAUCACAAGUUUUUUUUAUAUAACUUUCUAUCACUGGCAUUUUUCUUGAAAAGACAUGGAAUAUAUGCCACUGGAUGUUAAUAACUAAUAGUUAAGAACUAUCACCAGCCUAAAAGAAUUCGAAAAGCAUAAUCAUCAUACCAAAGGUUUUUAGGAGUCAAAAUGUAUCAAUUUUUUUAGCUAAUAACUAUAAGAAUUAUCGUUCAACUUUAUUCAUUUUCAUAUUUUCAUUGUAGUAGGACAUUAUUCCCUUUCCUGUCAUCUCUCAGGGUAUUCAUUUUGGGUUUAUAAGAGACACAAUCUGUCUAAGAAAUAUAAGAUGUAAAUACUUAUAUCAUUUAAGGUAUAUAUAUGGAAAAACUAUGUUAUAAAAGAUUAAAUAAUGUAAUAAAGGAAUGGAAAGUUUA